AUCGAGGUCAACAUCCGUCUUUAGAAAUGGAUCCCUCGGAAGAGUGCCCGCCACAUGUUCAGCAGCAGCGAUGAGGCAGACCAAUCAGCGUGCGGUUCCUUAUUUUUCAAACUCGGUAUCCGCCGCGCGCUCCACCGUUCGCUUCUGUCUCCAAAGCACGCUUCCCUCCUCUAUACUGACAAGGAGACACAGCCCCCGCCGCUGCGAGUCUCUCCUUCGUUCCCCGAUCGCGAUCCACUUCGUACGCUCCAGCACCCCCCCCACUAUGACCACUGUGGUGCUUUCUCCUUCUUCUGGGCCUGCCAGCUCGCCCGCUACGGUUCCUAAUGGCAGUAAAAGCGUCUUGAUGAGUGUAGCUGUCGACACAGCGGCUACUAAGGAAGCGAAAGAGGCGCCUGCGUCAGACUCCGACAGUCCAACCAGCACUGCGAUAGAUCUGGGUCUAAACCAGGUGGAGGACGUGGAUGUCCAGCCAGAAGAGGAGGAUCUGGACACUGAGAACGUCGAGUGGAAAGCUAACGGCGUCACGGACGACAACGUCGUCGCUACUGGUGAACAGCGGCCGAACAAAAAGCGAAGGCGUGUGUUCUUCGAAUGUGCAGACAUCGUGGAGUUCGAACCUACAGUGUACACGACGAGUGUCACGUCUGGCGGCGUGCCCGUGGGCUUGUCGCUUAACGAGCGAUCUCGAUCGCGACGACGACUGGACUCAUUCGAAAUAGAGCGAGCGAACGACCGCGUGGGACGACAGAACUACAUGGAGGAAGGGUAUCUAGACCCGCAGGAACGCGAGGUUAUUCUGAACAACGCAGGCUGCGAAGAGCCCGUGAUCGCCUCAGUGGAAGCUGAAGUGAACGCCAUCAUCCAGAACAGACGCGAGUCCAACGAGAUCGACUUUGACUUUAUGUAUGGCUCCAGCGAGAUGGAGGAGGACGAGGACGGCGAGGAGGAGACGGAAGAGGCCAAUGAGGUGGCGUAUGACAACGCUGGAGAGGAGAGCGAGGAAGAGCAAGAAGACGCGAUGCAAGACGACGUGGCAACAAGCGACGAAGGGUCCGUCGAGCAGGACGAGCAGCCCACGGUACAUCCAAACAGGGACGACGUACUGGAGGCUGCGUCGAUAUAGAGAGCGCAACGCCCUUGGCUCUGCCUGCUCCGCGCGUGUACAUAUCGCCUCGUCGUCCUAUAGUCGGGUUUUGUCCAUUUUGUAUCUCUUUUUAUUGGCUAGCGCUCGCUUCGACUGGCCGCAGUCACCGUAU